UAAUUUAGAUCAACCCAAAACCCUAGCGAAUCGUCCCCUCACCUCCCAGCCCGAAGAAAUGGCCGCCGCCGCCCGUCCUCUGGUCACCGUGCAACCGCUGGAGAAUGACAUGGCCACUGAUGGAGGCGCCGCCGGAAACACCGUACCUCUUCCCGAUGUCCUGAAGGCAGGCAUCCGCCCCGACCUGGUUACCUUUGUCCAUGGUCAGAUCUCGAAGAACGCGCGUCAGCCGUACGCAGUUUCGAAGCGCGCCGGCCACCAGACCUCCGCCGAGUCCUGGGGUACCGGACGCGCCGUGUCUCGUAUCCCCAGAGUUCCCGGCGGCGGUACGCACCGCGCAGGGCAGGGAGCCUUCGGUAACAUGUGCCGUGGUGGAAGGAUGUUUGCGCCGACUAAGAUCUGGCGCCGCUGGCACAGACGCGUCAACGUCACUCAGAAGCGCCACGCCGUCGUGUCGGCGAUCGCCGCCUCUGCUGUUCCUUCGAUAGUCCUUGCUCGUGGACACAAGAUCGAGGAGGUCCCGGAGUUGCCUCUGGUUGUCUCCGAUUCUGCUGAGGCUGUCGAGAAAACUAACGCUGCUCUGAAAAUCCUCAAGCAAAUCGGAGCUUUCACCGACGCCGAGAAGGCGAAGGACAGCCAUUCCAUCCGCCCUGGCAAAGGUAAGAUGCGUAACCGCCGAUACAUUUCCAGGAAAGGUCCACUCAUCGUGUACGGAACCGAGGGUGCGAAAUUGGUGAAAGCUUUCCGCAACAUCCCCGGCGUGGACAUCACUCAUGUUUCUCGCCUGAAUCUGCUCAAGCUUGCUCCGGGAGGCCAUCUCGGAAGGUUCAUAAUCUGGACAAAAUCUGCUUUCGAGAAGUUGGAUGAGAUUUACGGCACAUUCGACAAGCCUUCUGAGAAGAAGAAGGGAUACCUCCUGCCGAGGACCAAAAUGGUUAAUGCCGAUCUUGCGAGAAUUAUCAAUUCCGAUGAGGUCCAGUCUGUGGUGAAGCCGAUUAAGAAGGAGAUUAAGAGGGCGCCUCUGAAGAAGAAUCCUCUGAAGAAUUUGAAUGUUAUGAUGAAGCUGAAUCCGUACGCCCAGGCUGCUAAGAGGAUGGCUCUAUUGGCUGAGGCACAGAGGGUUAAGGCCAAGAAGGAGAAGCUUGAUAGCAAGAGGAAGAAACUCAGCAAGGAAGAGGCUUCAGCAAUUCAAACUGCCGGAAAAGCAUGGUACAAGACGAUGAUAUCCGACAGCGACUACACCGAGUUUGAAAAUUUCUCCAAGUGGUUAGGUGUCUCCCAAUAAACUGUCUUUUAAUAUUCAUGCAUUUUAGAACCUUCAUAUUUAAAUUUUGUUUUUGGAGUGUUGAUGUUUUAGACACCUUUACAAUCAUCUGUUAUGUGGGAGUUUACUGCACUUGCAUUCUGGUUUUGUUGCUGCUCGACUGUGGUGUUAGUUUUAAAACAGAAUUGUUGAGACUUUAUUUUAAAAUAUUAUAUUUUUUCCUUUUGCAUUU